UUUGGCUGCCGGCGCUUUGGCUUUGGAGGGUGAUUUACUGGUCGCCAGGACACCGCCGGCUCCGAUUCAUCGUCAGAGCAGCUGCCUGGACGAGCCGGGCGAGUUUUAAGGGGCUGCCCGGGGCGCUGGGGACGCUCACAACACAUCCACGGAUCUUGCUGCCCCCAGCAGAGAUGCGACGCGCCCUCGCGUGCCUCCUCGCGGCCACGAUCGUGGCCACGACGGCCGCCGCCGCGCGCCUCCGCGGCGCGGCCGACGACCGCGAGCGACGGCGCCUGAACGCCCGCACGCGCGCCGCGCACCACCUCGCGGCCAUGGCGACGCACGACGACGAGGCCUGGUGCCGCUCGAACAAGCACGCGCACCACGUCAAGCCCGGGACCUCGUUCGGCACGCUGCAGACGGCGGCGCACGAAUCAAAUUCACGGCGCUUCCAGACGUGCACCCGACUCACCUGGUUGAAUUGCGCGCAGGCAGACGGACGGCCAGAAGGAGUGGGUCGACCGCAAGUGCGACCAGUUCUUCUGCAAGCACCACCAUCGGACGGGCAAGGGCAAAUACAAGUGCGAGCCCCUCGCGAUACCUGAAGAGCACCUGCUCGCGCUGGAUAACCCGGGACCUUAA